CUAUUGUUUGUAGAAAUGGCGUCUACAGAGCAAAACAGUAAUGUUCCACCAGAGGAGAGCUCAGAAAAUGGGUCUAAUUCGGGAGCUGGGGAGGCUGCCUUCAACCAAUAUUACUCAGAGGUUAAGCAAAUUGAAAUCGCCGAUUCCUGCCUGACACCGCAACAGCAGAUAGAUCGUUUAUUGCGGCCUGGCUCAACGUACUUGAACUUGAACCCAUUCGAGGUUUUGAAAGUGUCCCCAGAUGUGGAGGUACCAGAUAUUAAGAAGAUGUACAGAAAGCUCUCAAUCCUUGUCCAUCCUGAUAAGAACCAGGAUAAUGUUGAGAGAGCGCAGCAAGCUUUUGAAAUUGUGAACAAGGCUUGGAAGACCUUAGAGAAUGAAGAGUUGUACAAACGAUGCCUCGCUGUUAUAGAGGAAGCCAAAGAGAUGACAAAACACAUGGUUGAAGAAAAGCGGAAAAAGUUAAAAAAGGAAGGAAAACCACCCUCAGUGGAUGAAGAUGAUUCUUCCAAGAUGGAUCACUCCAUCUAUGUGCAGACAAUGAAGCUGUUUGCAGAUAUGGAGAGGAAGCGUAGAGAGCAAGACAUGAAAGAGAUGCACGAACGGAAGCGGAAAAGAGAAGAGGAAAUCGCAGCUGCCGAGAAGCAGAAGAUGGAUGCAGAGUGGCAGAAAAACUUUGACGAAUCGCGCGACGGCCGAGUGAACAGUUGGCGGGAUUUCAAGACGGGGUCGAAAGCCAAGAAGCAGAGAACAUUCCUGAAACCGCCAAAGACGAAGCAGGAGCAUCGCUGAUGAUGGCCCGUUGCAUGAUAGAGACAGAUUUGUGUAGUUUUUAUAUAGUGAUCCAUUGAAGUUGUAGUACCAAUUUUACUACCCAGAUGAGCAGGCAGCCAACAUUAUUUACGAAUAGCGUGCAGGUAUGCAGAAAUCGGUCCAAAUGUCGCUGAAAGAACGUUAUGCACAAGUUUUUCUCGAUAUCGCGUGAUGUCAGUUGUAAAUUAUGAGGUUUAUUAAAAAAAGGCAAUGUACAUAAUAUUGUGGCCGUAUUUUUGUCACAUCGAAAGCUGUUCGUUACAUCAUGGUAAGCUCUGUAAGAGGUGUGUUUCUCAUUAGGUUUUUCGGUGAUCGUGUAUUUCUGUUGGCAGCCCUUGUGCCACGCAUUAAGUGUUCGCCUCAAUGUUCAUUUCACUUCAAAAUUGUAGAGCGUUCCGCUAUACGUACGACAGCUCAUCGAUGUAACGUUUGUCCCGAAAAAGUUUGUUCUUUAUGUUUUGAGAGCGACUGUUCGAUCUAUGACAUUCAUCGAUGAUGUAAACUUCCACUUUUGUUGUUGUUGUCAUUAGUGAUAAUUUUCCUGUGAGGUUCAAGAACCAGAUUAUUAUGACUUUUUAGUGGUACCCAUUAUCAUUAUGUGUGAUCUCGUAGUUUUACAUAAUGACGUCAGUUACAGAUUCUUAGAUGAAAUGUUAAAACUGUAAAUCUAGAAACACAUUUCCAGCGAGGUGUGAAAUUCAAGUGACUAAGUCAACAGUUAGAGACAGUUAUACACAUAUUUCUGGUGCUCGGUGGUAAUUAUUGACGCGUUCUACAUGUUCUAGUAAUUUAUUGACCGAUUUAAUCUUUAUCGUAGCAAAAAACAUGGUAGUUAAAAGCUCUGAGCUGAUAGAGUUAAUAUCUGCAUUUUUCUCGUCACAGUACACAGAUAAAUACCUAGUUCCAUUACAUUUUUAUUGUAAUCUAAAGAAAAUACCAGCUCGUUACGAGAAUGUAGUGUGUAACACAACCACAUUUGAUACAGGACAAAUGACCAUCUCAUCUGUAUCCCUUGCAGCGAGUGUUCGCAGCUGUCAAAACUUCACCCCUAAUGAGAAUUCUCCCUGCCCCACCCACGCGCGGGCGUGCGUGCAAGCAUGAGCCUCGGAAUCCAUUUAGACAUCGAACAGAGUGCUGAUAUUACGGCUGUCGUAUGUUUAACCAUAGAUAUCAUAUAUACACAGUGUGUGUAUGAUACUUGUGUGGCACCACGUACGUUGGCACUUGGCGAUCACCAUAGCAACGUCGUGUUGAUAUCACCUUGAUGUUUGUUUUCGAACGUAGGGCAUGUUAUCUUGUCUGUAUACGCCUGUCUAUGACGACUAUUACGUGAAGUAAACCAGUUGUUCUACA